GCAGGAUAAUGAGUGCUGCUCAGAGUCAGUCAACACUGGAGGCCAAACUGAAGGCCUUGCAGUGCCACUUCACCUGGGACAUUGACACCAGCAGGUCCAACCUUUUCCGUCUCAGGGACAAACUGGAGGACAUCGGCACCGAUGAUGGAAACAGCUGGUUGGGUCACAUUUACAACCUGCAGGGAUACAUUCACUACCAGCUGGGCUUUAUUGAAAACUCACGCCGUUUCUUCAGCAAAGCCAUAGAGGCCUUCCGCUGGUCAAGAAAGGUCUCAAGUGAAGGUCCCUGGUUGGUGGUGAACUACGGGAACCUGGCUUGGCUGCACCACCAGCUGGGAGAAGAAGCAGAGAGUCAGACUUACCUGUCAAAGGUCGACACCCUGCUGAAAGAAUACCCAUCUCCAUCCCAGGAUGAGCUCCAUCCAGAGAUCUACGCUGAAAAAGCCUGGACCCUGAUGAAGUUCGGCAAAGACAAAAAGGUGCUGGUUGCAGAUUAUUUCCAGAGAGCCAUCAGGAUGCAACCGGACAUGGUGGAGUGGAACACCAGCUAUGUGAUGGUAUUACUGAAUGCUUUAAAGCACUGUGAUAAACCACAGGAGGAAGAGAUCUUAGAGAAAAUGAGAAUGGCCAAGGAACAGGAUCCAGAUAAUUUGUACCUUGCUGUUCUCGAACUCGAGCAGCGUGCUAUGAAAGGAGAAAGAAUUAAAGAUGAAGCACGUGAGAUAGCCAGAAAGGUUUUGAAGAAUCCUGUCAGCAGCUACAGUGGUUUGAAAGCAUUGUUAAGGGUUUACAGUAAACACAUAUCUGUUGAUGAAGCUAUUGCUCUGGCAGAGGAGGCUCUGGCAAAACAUCCAGAUGAAAGUUACCUGAAGAGGUGUGCUGCUCUGUGCUACAAAUGGAAGAUCCUUUUCUCCAGAGACAGUCCUGCAAAGCAAAGCAUAAUAGACAGAGCAGUCAGUCUCCAUAAAGAAGUGAUUUCUCUUUACCCUCAUGGGUCACUUGUGAAGAAAAUAGAUCUUGCAAAUGUAUACGCAAAGUCAAAUCAGGGCCUUGCUAAAGCUGAGCAGAUUUACCAGGAACUGCUAGAAAUGGAUCUAGAACCUGCAGGAAAACAGCUGCUUUACAACGGCUAUGCAAAAUAUUUAAACGUUGAUCGACAAGACACCCACAGGUCAAUGGAAUAUCACAUGAAGGCGGUAGAGAUACAACAACAAUCAUACUUUCGAGAGAACAGCAUCAAAGCUCUGAGGAAGAUUAAAGAAAGAAACAGGGAACAGACACUGAAGCGCUUCGGACAUAUUCCCUACAUCCUGAUCCCUUUGAUGUCUGCUGCUCAGAGUCAGUCAACACUGGAGGACAAACUGAAGGCCCUGCAGUGCCACUUCACCUGGGACAUCAACACCAGCAGGUCCAAACUUUUCCGUAUCAAGGACAAACUGGAGGACAUCGGCACCGAUGAUGGAAACAGCUGGCUGGGUCACAUUUACAACCUGCAGGGAUACAUUCAAUACCAGCUGGGCUUCACUGAACAUGCUCGGCAUUUCUUCAAUGAAGCCGCAGAGGCCUUCCGCCAGUCAAGAAAGGUCUCAGAUGAAGGUCCCUGGUUGGUGGUGAACUAUGGGAACCUGGCUUGGCUGCACCACCAGCUGGGAGAAGAAGCAGAGAGUCAGACUUACCUGUCAAAGGUCGACACCCUGCUGAAAGAAUACCCAUCUCCAUCCCAGGAUGAGCUCCAUCCAGAGGUCUACGCUGAAAAAGCCUGGACCCUGAUGAAGUUAGAAAAAGAUAAAAAGCUGCUGGCUGCAGGUUACUUCCAGAGAGCCAUCAGGAUGCAGCCAGACAUGGUGGAGUGGAACACCAGCUAUAUGAUAGCGUUAGUGAAUGCUGUAAAGUGCUUUGAAGACACACCACUGGAGGAAGAGAUCAUGGAGAAAAUAAAAAUGGCCAAGGAACAGGAUCCAGAUAAUUUGUACCUUGCAAUUUUCGAGCUUGAGCAGCAUGCUAGGAAAGGAGAAAGAAUUGAAGAUGAAGCACGUGAGUUAGCAAGAAAGGUUUUGGAGAAUCCUGUCAGCAGCUACAGUGGUAUGAAAGCAUUAUUAUGGGUUUACAAAACAUAUGUAUCUGUUGAUGAAGCUAUUAAUUUGGCAGAGGAGGCUCUGGAAAAAUAUCCAGAUGAACAUUUCCUGAAGAGAUGUGCUGCUCUCUGCUACAAAUGGAGGAUCCUUUCACAUGAACCCCUGAAGCAAAGCAAGAUACAGAGAGCAGUCCAUCUCCACAAAGAAGUGAUUGCUCUUUAUCCUGAUGGCUCACUCGUGAAGAAACUAGAUCUUGCACUGAUAUACGCAAGGUCAUAUCACGGCCUGGCUGAAGCUGAGCAGAUUUACCAGGAACUACUAGAGAAGGAUCUGGAACCUGUGGAGAAACAGAUGCUGUACCACUACUACGCAAAAUACUUAAUGUGUGAUCGACGAGAUUAUCACAGGGCGAUAGAAUAUCACAUGAAGGCGGCAGAGAUGCCAGAACAAACCAACUUUAAAGAGAACAGCAUCACAUUCCUACAGAACAUUGUAGAAGCAAACAGGAGACCAAGAUGUAGAGAAAUAGAAGAGUUCCUGUCCAAGCUGGAAGUCUAG